AUGGCAUUCUCCCCGCCACAGUUGAAAAUCGGCCAGCGUGACGUUACGACGUAUAUGCAAGCGUAGUAGUGAAGUUAAAGAACAAAUGUCUUGUCACACCUAGUUUUUAAAUAACCUCGUUUAGAUAAAAUUUUCCUUCGUGCGUGUAGUGUUUUUCAAAGUGACAUUUUAUUGAAAUUUGAAAAAAAAAAUCCAAAAAGGACUAAAAACGUUUAAAAAAAAUUGUGUUUUUCCUCACACAUCAUGGCAGUCUUUUGGUAUCCGGCUGCUGCUGUGAUUCUUGUGCUGUUACACCUAACAGGUUACAGCAAUGGGGAGUCAAGACUGGAAAUUUUGCCAAAUGGAGAGGUUCAAUCGAAACCCGUUGGUUCAAGUAUUAUUCUAACAUGCAAACCAAAUGUCACAAAUCCCGAGUUAAUUUCAAACAUGGAAUGGAUUGAUCAUAAUGGUCGUGUCAUUGACUCGCUAAAACUUCAGGUCCAGCAAUUGGAAGGGCAGGGCAGUGUGAAAUCGACAAUGUACACGGAAAAACGACAUGGACAAACAUUGGCUCUGUUGUUCACAAAUCUUCAAACACAACAAGGCGGAAUGUACAAAUGUCGAGCAACUUUUGCCAAUAACGAGGAAUUAGUGAAAGAAGUAUCAAUUGUAACCAUAGUUGCAAUAACGUGGAGUGACGCUCCGGAAAAUCAGUAUCCAAUUCUUGGAGAGGACUUCAACGUCAGGUGUAAAGUUGUUGCACAACCUUCACCAACGGUCGACUGGCUCUUUAAUGGAGAAUUGAUAGAAACUAACGAGCACUACAUUAUCGAGACACAUUCCCUCAAGCUCAAAAAAGUCACAGAACUCGACGAUGGUAUUUACACUUGCAGGGCAUUUGUCGCUACCACCGGUGAACUUAAAGAAAGAAAUAUUCGAGUUGAGGUGCACAUAAAACCACAAAUUGAAGAUUCAGAGGAGACGACAAUUGAAGCAAUUGAAGGCGACACGGCUGACAUUGUAUGUAAAGCGAGAGGCAAACCACCACCGGAAUUUAGUUGGGUGAAAACAAUAACAUAUGAGGAUUUAUCGAAAGCCGAUCGAUUUGGAGUUAAUAAUUACACGGGUGUUAUGACAAUCAAAAAUGUGAAUCGUGAGGAUGAUGGAGAAUAUCGUUGUUCAGCACAAAAUGCCGCCGGUAGAGCCGAUUGGAAUAUUAGACUUAAUGUUAUUGUUAAGCCAAAAAUAAUGGAAUUUAUCAAUAAAACAAGUCCCGUAAUGAAACAAGUGAGAAUUGAAUGCCGUGCAUUUGGUCGUCCACCACCGGAAAUUGUUUUUCGCAAACAUACGUCCGAUAAACGUUUUGAACUUGGCGCACAACGUGACAUGGAUAGAAUUAAACUUGAAAAUCGAAAAGACGAUCGCAAUGGUGAGACAGUUGGCGUUCUUAUUAUCGACAAUGUUAUAAGAUCCGACGAUGGUUUAUACGAGUGUAUUGGCAUAAAUAAAGGUGGUGAGAGUAUUAAAAAUGGACAUUUAACAGUAGAAUUCCCUCCUACGUUUGAAGUGAUGGAUAAUCGGACAAUUUUCGCUUGGAACAAUCAUCCGGGAAAUUUGACAUGUAUAGCAACGAGUAUUCCUAAUGCAACAAUCGAAUGGAGAGCGUAUGGAAAUAUUCGACUUGAAUCAAAUGCACCACAUAAUAUUAUUGGCAAGGGACCAAUUUCAACUUUAAUUGUUGAGCCAAGGGAUCAACGAUACUUCACGACUUAUCGAUGUGUUGCCACAAAUAUUCAUGGCUCAAGUGAAUAUCCAUUUGUCGUCAAAGAAGGCAAAAGGCCUGGUUUUCUUCUUCAAGUACGAAUUUCCGAAAUGACCGCAACAACUGCAACUUUCGAAAUAUUACUGCCAGCCUACAAUGAUGAAUUACCAAUUAAAACGGUUAAUAUUCAAUAUAAACUCGCUGAUCAAUCGUGGACUCACGCCUUAAAUAGAACAUGGGCAGUCAAUUCAACGUACAUUAUUGAGAAUUUAAGACCGCAAACAACUUAUGAAUUUCGUUUUGCUGCUUCGAACGACGCUGGCCUUGCCACUUGGGGAAAUGAAUUGACCGAAUCAACUCUUGAUAGAUCACGACCUGGAGUACCGAAAAUACGUUCACAAAUUUCACGGGGAAUGGAAUAUGAAACGUCACCAUUCUCAAAUCAAUAUGAAGUCUCGUGGGUGGUACCCGUCGAUAAUGGCGAGCAAAUAACAAAUUAUGAAAUUAAAUAUUGUCAAUUGAAAAGAAUUUCUGGUGAUUGGGAGGAAGUGUCUGGAACGUGUCGAAAUGAGGAGGAACGUGGUAAGAGAACAACUUAUUGGCUGAAACAUCUUUAUUCGGAUACAUAUUACAAGGUUGAAGUGAGAGCAAGAAAUUUCUACGGUCUCAGUGAUCCUGGGGAAAUAAAAAUUAAAACCAAUCGAGGUAACGAUUCUCCUGUGGUACAUCAUCGCGGAGCGCUUAUUUCCAGCGGUGCCAUAAUUGGUAUUGUGAUCGCCAUUCUAGUCGUCAUCAUAAUUAUUAUUGAUGUUAUCUGCUGUUGCGCCCAAAAGACAGGUAUCAUAUUUUACGUGUGCGAAAGGUCACGAAGAAAACCAAUGGAUGAGGAAGACGUGAAACUUGGAAGUCUUUACGGUUGGCGGUUUCCACUUCCAUAUUGCGACCAAAAAAUGGCCAAUGUUGCCGGGGUUACGGCAAUUCAAGAUUCGGGUAGUGGUAAAAGUACCAUUAGACUGGUCAAACACACUGCCAUAGAUGAAAAGGAACCACUUCGAGAGGAGAAGAAAAUUACACCAAUCAUUGACUCUGGACUACGACGAGAAACGUCCAUCACAUUCGAUGGUAAAAGAUCCAUCUCUAAGACCGGUUUCGUCGGCAAGGACUCAGCCGUCUAGAUAUUCUUCCGGCGUACUAGAUUGUAAAUGGUUCAGAUCGCGAUCUCCGGAUGAAGUUUAUGAACGAAAAAAAAAAAAAUAAAACAAAAGCUCUCUAUCAAAUUUAAUGUGAAAGAAAAAAUUAAAAGAAAUGUUUACACAUUUUUUCAAAACUCAUCCGGAUUGAACUAAAUGAGAUCGUUAACGAAGUGGCCUUUCUAUUCCUUUGCUUUUGAAUUACUCGAGUCAACAAAAGAGUUUCGGAUUGUAAUAUUACACGUUUGUUUACCUUUCUAAUCUGGCGUUUUGUGCACGUUGACUCAUGUAUCAAAAAAAAAAAAUUACCUGCAUCUUUUUUUAUUUUUUUUAAAUUAUUAAUCGAUUUGAUGCAGGUUUUUGGAAAUUUCGAUUUUAAAAAUCGAAUUGAUCCUGAUACAAAAACUUAAAAUCGUUUCGUGUAAUAUUGUAUGUAAAGUAAAAGUGAUUAGGUAAAACUUCACAAAGACGGCAGCUAGUCUCUCCCAGCACAAAUAAAAAAAAAAAUUAUAAAAUUUUUUUGCAAGUUUUCAAAAAAAAAAAAAGAAAAAUAUUGAGUAUAAAAUAAAUUAUACUAAAAGUUGUGGAAUUUUUCAUUUCCGAGUAAAGUUCUAAUUAAGAUUUAAUUAAAUUAAAUGUCAAAUAAUAAAAACAAUGCUUUCCACACUGAAAAAUUUAUUAUUAAAUUUUACUAAAAUAUUUUACAAUUAAAGUAUUUUUAAAAAUACAAAAUAUUCAUAUAAAAAAUUAUGAAUUACAUUGAAAACUAAUUUAUAUUUAAAAAUUCGAAAAACUACUUCGAAAAUAAAAAUUAAAAGAAGUCAAAUGUUCUCUAAACUAUUUUAAAAUAGUUUUGGUAAAAUUUUUUAAUUUCUCUCAGUGCAGUAAGUGACAUGAAUUUUGCACAAUUAAACAAAAGUUUAAUCAAGUGUUUAAAUUCUCUUAGGAGAGCUUCAUAUGAGAAAUGCAUAUCAAGUUAAGAGUUUUUUUUAACCUCUCGAAAUUAAAAAUUUUUAAACUUUGUAUUCUUAUGAAUUUUAAUGUCCUUUUUUUCAAGAAUUUGUUUUUGGUUUCUUUAAAAAUGGAAAUUUUUUAAAUUUUAUAAUUUUUAUUCCACAUUUCUACUAAUGAUUUAGUAUAAAACAAAUAAUUUAAUAAACAAUUAAAAUUAUUGAUAAUAGAUAAACUAUUAUUAUUAGUUUUUUGGAAACUUGCAAAAAAGAAACUUGAAUGUUGAUUCUCCUAAAAAAUUGAGCAAAAAAUAGUUAAAAAAUAUAUUUAUAUUUUUUUCCUAUUCGAAAAAAGAAAAAAAAAAUUGAAAUCAUAUUUUCUUCGCUCAAUUUUUUGAGGGAAAAGCCCCUUAGUAAAUUGCUUUCGUGAAAAAGCCUGUAAAAGUAUCGCAGCGUAGCACACAUUUUAGUGAAGAGAAGAACUAGAAAGAGAAAUAAACGUAGUUAGGCCGUUCUAAAAGCGAGAGAAAGGAAAUGUACAAAAUUUAGCACACCGUAAGUGUAUCGAUAAAAAAAAAAAUAAUUGUUAGUGGUCACUCUGCUUGGGGAAAAAAAAAGAUGAAAAUAAAAAAAUAACAAACAUCAUUUACACAAUGAUUGCGAUGAUCUAGUACGCCGGCUUUGGAGCGUGUGUCACGACAAAAAAUUAUUUGCGAAAAAUACACAUGAAAAUUAUUAUUAUUAUUAGUAUUAUUAUUAGUAUCAGAUAUCAAAAAAAAUAUAUACCAAGUGAAUUUUUCGCAAAUGAAAUUUUGUUGGCACUUUUUUUGUAAAUAGGUAUUGCACUUUUUCAUUUUUAUUAUUUUUCUUGUUUUUUUUUUCGCAAAAAAAAAAGAAAAAACAAUUAUGAUAAUUGUUCGUUGUUGCGCAUAUAAUUAAUGCUUAUAUAAAUAUUAAGAUUCAGCCACUAUUCAGCUUAAACGUUCUUCAGUGUCAUCGAUCGGGUUUUUAUCACUUGUUUUCAAAGACUGAUUCAAAUUUUUUUUUUUCCUUUUAGUCAUAGAGUCGAAUGUUUUGUAUAUUAAAUAGUUUAUCAUUACAGUCAUACGUUCGACUCGCCCGAUCCCAAAUAUUUCAUUACAAAAGCACAAUUCAAUAUUCCCGAAAAUUUUUCCUUUUUUUAAAAAAAAAAAAAAAUAUUAUUAAUUGAUCCACUCUCAGUUAUGAUAAUAAUUAAUAUUAAAUAUUAAUAUUUUGAAAGAUUUUAAUUCAAAUUUUUUAUUGACAAAUUUUAAAAGAACAAUUUUUUAAUAUUCAAAAAUUUGUAAAAUAAUUUUUAUGUUUGACAAUUUGUGGAUAAUUAUCUUGAAAAAAUUUUUGGGUAAUAUUGAUGUGUUUCUCGUUGCACAGAAUCUUCUUGAAAAAAAUGUGUGUUAAUUAAUUUAACUCGUAAAAGAAAAUGAAUAUAUCCCGUCGAAAAUGUGAUUCAAAGAUUGCGUUUAAAAUCUUAUGAAAUGUGUUCUCGAGUGACAGAGACACUUUAGCUUUUAAGGACAUUUUUUAAUUAAGAGAGCGAAUUUUAUUGAAAUUCAAAACACAGAACAAAAAUUAUUUUAUUUUUCGUUUUAGUUUACUUAGAAAAAAAACCUUUUUUUUUAAUCUUCUGAAUAUAAUUUAUUAUUUUAUCCUUGAAUUUCAAUUAUUUUAUUAUGUGAAUGUUUUAAACGAAUCUAUGCAUUUCUUAGUUUCAAAAGAAAAAAAUAAGUGAAAAAUUUGAGUGUGUAAAAAAUCCACUUAAAUUCGAAGCCUGCUUUUGGUAUUAGUCAUGCACUGAUGUUAAAAAAAUAAGUACGCACUACUGAAAGUGGACUUCUGCGAAAAUAUCAGUAGUUUCUCGAAAGAGAGAAAAAUACGAUUCGAUUAGAAUUUUUUUUUUUUAUCGUUUUCUCUUUUUGAAUCGCACAGUCUCUCUCUCUUUCUACAUAUAUUAUACAAGUUUUGUAUAUUGCAGAAAAAAAGAUAAAGGCAUUUCAGGUACACCUUGCAAAAUAGUAUCUACGACUUAAUGCUUGAAAGAAAUUUAAACACUUCAUGUUCUGUGUGUAUAAUAUUCUUUACUUUUGAAGAAAAAAAUCGAAGGCUUUUUUGCAAGGAGACAUUUAAAAUGUGAUAAGUUUUUGUAAAUGCUUGUAAACGUUCCCUUUAGUGUGUAAGUUAAAUAAUCUUUAAAAAAAAGAACAUUCUUGGUAAUUAAAUAUUUAGAAAACAUUUUACCCCGGCGUGGAAAAAACAUCCGUUUAGAGUAUUAUUCACAAAUUGCACAAUUUUUCGCUAUUUAAUAUUUUAAAAAAAAACGACUGCCAAAAUAUAACAUUUACAUCAUUUUUUUUUCCUUAAAAUGGAAAAAAUAUAAAAAAAAAGGUUUUCUGCACAAUUUAAUAUUAUUCGAAUGCUUUUUCUACGCAAGUAGCUUUUAUACGUAAUGUGACGAGAAGUUUGCCAAAUAUUAUAGUACUUAUUAGCUCAUAAGGUAUUACAUUACUAUUAUUAUAAUUAUUAUUAUUAUUGACAAGAAUUAUUAUCACGAUAUUGGGAAAGACAGUUAAUAGAAAAAAAAAAUGGGGAAAAAAAUCAACACUAUUUUAUACCCGUUGCCAAGAAAAAGAUAACAAAACGAACUUCUGUAUGAAAAUUAAAAAAAAAAAACAAAGUAUUAAAUACAUCUUCCAAUUUCGAGAAUGUUUUUCGAUUUAUGGUCAUGUUUAUUAGAUAAGGAAUUUUUUUUAUGUAUUGCUUUUUCUGUAUGCGAAAAAGUCAAAACUAAAUAAACAGGAAGACAUUUUGAAAA